AUGAACCUCAAAUCAGAACCUGUCUCGGGCAAUACAGAAGAAAUCAAACCCUCCCUUUCAUCCUCUACGAUCAAUGGUAAUCAUGAUGACAAACUCGAUCCAUCGGAAAUAAAGAUCGACCAUGACGAGCAAGAUAUCAAAGAUGAUCUUGUCCUUCUCAAUGGGAAUGAUGAGAAAGAUAAAGAUAAAGAUAUCAAAAGAAAAGGAGAAAUAAGGAAAGAUUUCAAAGUGAAAGGAGAAGGGAAAAGUCACACGAGAGGAAAUGGUAGGAAAAAUAAUGGAAAGAAAAACUUGAACGUUUCUCAGAACAAACCUGUUUUGAUUGAUCAAUUACCUUUAGCAUGGGAACAAGCUUGUGAAAGUUUUGAAAGUUUAGAGAAAUGUGUUUAUGAGAGAAAAGAUUUAGGUUUGAGUAGGGAACAAGAUGAGAUGAUGGUUUGUGAUUGUGUUUAUGACCGAGAUGACCCUCAUGCAGAACCUUGUGGAUCUCAGUCGGAUUGUAUAAACAGAGCUAUCUUUAUCGAAUGUUUACCUGGGGAAUGUAGAGCAAGGGAACAAUGUCAAAAUCAACGGUUCGGAAAACGACAAUAUGCACCUAUAGAUGUUGUGUUGACCGAGAUGAAAGGGUUUGGUUUGAGAGCGGCGGAUGAUAUACCAGAGGGUUCGUUGAUCUACGAAUACAUUGGAGAAGUGAUUAAAGAGACUACCUUUAGAAAACGAAUGGCUCAGUAUGCAGAUGAAGGUAUCAAACAUUUUUACUUUAUGAUGUUGCAGAAGGAGGAGUACAUCGACGCGACGAAAAAAGGUGGGAUAGGACGAUUCGCAAAUCACUCUUGUAACCCUAAUUCCGAAGUUCAGAAAUGGGUCGUAGGUCGGAGAUUACGCAUGGGUAUCUUUGCGAAGAGGGACAUUAUCAAGGAUGAGGAGAUCACUUUUAACUAUAAUGUGGAUCGGUAUGGUCACGACGCUCAACCAUGUUACUGCGGCGAACCAAAUUGCGUUGGCACGAUCGGCGGAAAGACGCAAACAGAUAUAGGAGGAAUGAGCAACCUCUUCCUUGAUGCUCUGGGUAUCACGGAUGAAGUGGAAGAGUUGGAGAUGAAAGGUAGCAAGAAGAAGAAAUCUCGUCAAUUGGAUGAAGACUUUGUUCCUGUGUUACAUCCCAUACAACCACACGAGGUUCAAAAGGUCGCUGCUGCGAUGCGACAAUCUAUGGAGAAUGUCAGAAUGAUGAGUCGGUUGUUGGAACGAAUAAAAAUGACAGAGGAUCCUGUUUGUCAAAGAGGGUUGAUGCGACUUCACGGGUUUUCACUCAUGAGUAUGAUUUUGACCAAACUAGCAGACCAACAACAGAUUAUCCUUCUUGCACUGGAAAGCAUGUCAAAGUGGCCUUUACAGUAUAAGAACAAAGUGGAGGAUUCAAAGAUUGAAAUUCCCGUUCGAGCAUUGGCAGAUGAUCAAAAUGAAGUCAUUGCAUCGACAGCCAAACAGUUGUUGACAUAUUGGGAUAGUUUAGCUCAUUCAUUCAAGAUUCCCAGAGUACCGAAAAUAUCUUCUCUCGACGCGGAAGAUGAAGCAGCCACCACUACAAUAGCCGAAUUCGAUUCAUUACAUUCUCAUUCUCAAUCUUCACAUCGUACCAAUACAUGGGAAAAUACCGGUCAAAUUCAAUUCGAUGUAGCACCCGUUCGUUCUCGACCCAAUAUCCCUUUCGUCAGACCUAAACCUCCCCUUCCACCUCCUAAACCCGCACCGACACAAUCAACAAUUGCCGAUAGGUCAAAAUUAGAUGCUAUCAUCGCAUUAGCUCAACAAACCAUGGCAGCCGCUGUGGCAGCUCAGAAUGUGGUUACUGAAAGUCCGGCGGAAAGCAGUAGAUCAGGAUCUAGAAGUCGAUUAGAUGAUACACCUGGUGAUGAUGAAGAUAGGAAAAAAAGAGCAAAGAGGAUGUAUGAAAUGGAUGAAGCAAGAAAAGAAAAGAGAUUAAAGGUUGUAGUUGGUGAAUGGGUCGUGAAAAGUAUGAGCAAAUAUAAAUCUCAAAUGGAUCAUGAUACUUUUAAAAAGUAUGCCAAGGAGUGUACACUCAUAUUGGUUGAAAAAGAAAAGAAAUCUCCUUCCUACGCAACCACCUCACAUCCUAAUCUGACAGAAGAGAAAAAAACAAAGAUGAAAUCUUUUGUUAAAGAAUAUACACAUAAACUUCUCAAAAAGCUUAAAGAUAAAGGAAAACUCAAAUCUUCACAUUCUCGUUCAUCCCAUUCUCAUUCUCAAUCACAUUCUCAAUCACAUUCUCAAUCUCAUUCACAUUCACAUUCCCAUUCACAUUCACAUUCACAUUCAACAAGAUCGGAGAUACCUGCCGAACCAACGGAAAGACCACCUGAUCCGCCUGGUGAGAUAGACGAAGGGGUGAUGGAAGAUGUGGCUGAUAUGUUUUCUGAUGAUGAGAUGGAUAUCGAUCUUGAUGAUGAUGAUGAGGAUGAGGAUGAGACUCGAGAUGAGGUAAGUAAGAAGAGAAAGAUAAUGGGGAAUGGAUUGAGUGGAUUGGUGGAUACUCCAGAACGAACUCCUUUGAGUGAUCCUUCUCCUCAUGGGAACGGUAUGAGAUGA